CGCGGGAGCGGGGGCGGGUUUAUGGCGGCGGCUCUGUCCGCACUCGCUGCCAGGCUCUCCCAGUCGGCCGCGGCCAGGUCCUACGGCGUGUUCUGCAAGGGGCUCACCAGGACCCUCCUCAUCUUCUUCGACCUGGCCUGGAAGCUCCGCAUCAACUUCCCCUACCUCUACAUCGUCGCCUCCAUGAUGCUCAACGUGCGGCUGCAGGUCCAUAUUGAGAUCCAUUGACUUGUGACUUGGUGCGCUGCUUCUGCUUUAUGCUGCAACUAGAGUCAGUCACACUUCAAAUCCAGCCUGCUGUGAAACAGCAAAGCUGUGCUCGUGGACUAUGAAGAAAGAAGAUUUUACCCAGGAACGAGUAUGUGACAAUGGUCCAGAUGAUCACAAGCCAGCAGCUCAUCUGACAUAUGUGCAUUCCAUGUUGGACAGUUCUCGAAAUCAUAGUAGCUGUUUACAAGAAUUAUAUAACAUCAGGAAUUGUUCUCUCUUUAAUAUUAUACCUCUGUCUUCUGUUGGCAAGGAAAUGCCUCUGAGUUUCAGUGAAUCAGCAGAGACGAACUCAAGUGCAGCUGCUCCUUGGAAGGAUUCAUUUCAUCUGCAUUUUUCUUCUGGGAAAGACAGUCCUGAUAGGGUUUCUCACUGCACUGGUGGCAUUUCAGUAACAAGCUGGCUGGAAGAAGCUUGUAGCAUUUCUGGAGACUUCAGCUCAUGCUGCCCAGGAGACAACUCUGUAUGUUUUGCACAAUUCGGGCCGGGAAAUUUGCAGUAUAAUAAAAACCUGUGGCUUCUGGAACUAGAAAUGAGCAGUAGCAAAGACAAUGAAUUGCAGUUUGUAUUUUUUAAAACAUUGGAGCUUGGUGGACUCCCUGAUCCCUGUUCUAAUCCAGUUGCCUCUCUGAGCAACUCUGCUAUGGGACUCUCAACCAACCAGAAACCAUGUUUUUUUCUUUGUUUCUUAAACUGUGUAUCUUCAGAGCAAACACUUGGAUACGAGCAAGUGCUUUUGAAUAUACAAUAUGUGACUAAUAAUUUUCACAUCACACAGCUGGUAAUUUCUGUGCUAGCUUUUGCACUAGCAGAUCUCUGGUAUGCAGUAGUGAAGGUAAAAAUGUACUGAGAUUUUAAUAACUACUAUUUUUAAUAUUAGCAGAAAAUGAGACAAGGUUACAGUUCAGGUUUUAGUGAGAAUUAGCUGAAGUAAAAACUAUAGUUGUAUAAUUGCUAGUUAAACUGGCUGUUGGAAGAAUAGGGACUUUUUUCCUUUUUUUUUUUUUGUAAGGAGUAGCUGCAUCUGAGUGUAAAGAACUUAAUAAUCUUCAGACUCUGGGACUUCUGCAGGUCUGCUGUUAACACUAAACAACAACCCAGUUAGCACAGGUCCUUUGUUUUCUAUAGAGUUUGUAUUAGUGGAGUGUUCUGGCUACUACUAUUUAUACCCAUUUCCAAUGAAACUUGUUGUUUGUAGAACUGAAUUCCUGCUCUGAAUCCAACAGCAACUAAUGUAUCAGUCCUUAGAACACUUUUAACUGGAAAGCUGUUGGGAGGGUGGUCUUCAAUACAGCAUAAUUGUCACAGCAUCACUUUCCAAGGAUGGUACUGCUUUAAUUUAACAAUACCUUGUGAGCUUUAUUGUGCUACAAUAGACACUGCAAACAACUUUGUAAAGCAAUUUUUUUGUGAUUGCAUUGCUGAAAUACAGUAAUAACUUCUGGGCCUGUUGAUUUUGGGACAGGCUUCUGGCAAUGAGGUUUGCAAAAGAAUGGGGCAAAUAUGCUGGAAUCCAUAGAGCUGCUGGUGAAUAGAAUUUUGAGAAACAGGCUCCUGUUGGCACUUCAGUGGAGGAACUCACUGUGCAGUAGGUCAAACUUUGAACUCAAUGUCCAAAAUUCUCAGCAGGAGCAUUGCUGUAGAUAAGCUUAAUCUGCUCUAAAGGUUCACAUAAAGAGGGAGGUAUUGGUGUGUGAGUUAGAAUGCAUUUUCAGCUUCCCCUUGAUUCUGACUUAAAAGUGAGGACUUAAUGUGGACUAAAGCCAUGGCAAUGAUUCACACACUAGGUAUCCUUUUUGCCAGCUGCUCUUGCUUUAUCUUGGAAAGAGAGGAAAUUAUGUUGCAUUUAGUUUGAACUGAACUUACCUGGAAAGCCAGUAGAGUUUCCAUUGUGGUGGUUACUGGACUGUUAGCACAUGUGUGUAGAGAAGUCCUUGAUUAUGAUGAUGAGAUACUGGUUAUCAGACUUAGGGAGAGAAGCGCUGAAAUUUUUAAAUCUUGAGUGCUGAAAAUAAGAUAUUUUACUUUUUAUGUUAAAUGAUAUGUUGUGUUUUCAUGAUCCUCAUUGGCUGAUUGUUUCUUUUGGAUGCUAAGAGAGAUGAACAGCCACUUAAUUUAAUUUAGAAAAUAACUUCUCCCUGGUGUGCAUUUCAGUGAUUGUUUAACUUGUAGACUUCUGACCAAUUACCUGUCACAAAGUGACCAAAAGCACCAAAAUAAUACUGGAUUAUGUAUUUUAAGUAAUUACUCUGACAGCAACAGUUCCCUCUUAAGUCAAGAUAUUCACUCUCAUCUCCACUGCUGGAAUUCAUCAGCCUUGUGUGAGUGGCAUUAACACAAUUUAACAUGUGGUGUUGCAGAGGUUCAAGAUUCCUGAAUUGAUGUGGAUCUGACAUCCCAGAACACCAGAAACGAAGACACUUCUUCAAAGGUCUUGGCUUGGAGUUACGGUGUUAAGCUGCUGUCUGCCUGUAUCUUGACCCAGAAAAACACUUAGCAGAGCUGAAAGCAGAGGAAUGAAGGCAGGGAGGGGUUGGAGCCUGUUUAGGCUGGCUUGAUUGCUAAAGACAACGUUGUGCAACUCCAUAUUAAUCUCUCUAUGCAGCUCCACAGGUACAGCCAUACCCUCCCUGUAUGGCGAGCCUUACCUUAAGAUGUGCAUGAACACAGUUCUGCACCCAAAACUUGAGUGCUUGGACCUCUGGUACAAAGGAUCAGUUGGCACAGCUGUACCUGCAGUUGUUACUUGACACUUUGUGCAGCUGACUGGUUUGGCCUGGAACAUUCUCUGCUGUAUGUCAUUUGGGAACUACAUGUUUUUGGAACCAUAGUUCUAUACAAGAGCUUGUAGGUGAGAUUGUCAGGUUAAUAGGCAAGGGGAGUAGCUAAAGGCAUGAAAACAUCAACUCAGUUUUUAAUGCACCUCUUUUUUCAUGGUGAUUUUUGGGGUGGGGGAAAUGAAACACCAGAGACAACACCAACGAAGUAGAAUUUAAAUGUGUGUACAGCAGAGUGCCAAGGGCUUUCUCCUUAUCCACAAGCCUGUUGAGGAGGAGAUCUUGGAAUACUGAGUUGUUAUGUAUCACAGUCCAGCUAAUACAGUCCUGUUUUAAGCAAAGUCUUGUUUGAGUGCGUGGCCUUUCAUCACUUAUUACAGGAUCACUUUAAAUACAAUAUAGCUAAGUGAAAUGAUGGAUGUUUGUUGUGUAUUACAUGUAUAUUGAACAUAAUAUACAAAGAAUACUUAAAUAAGUGGAUUUAAUCCAUUUUAAGAUAGUUUAUGUACCUUGCCUUGAAUUUUAUUGCUUGAAACCUAAAAGGUAAUUUUAACUUGAACAUUCCUUCUGAAAUUCAAAUAAAGGAUAGUUUGGUAUGUUAAAAUCUCAUGUAAUAUACUGCACUUUAAGCCUGGGGAGGCCAUGGAUUGAAAGUGCUGUUCUUGCACUAACAGAACUGCUUGCCCUGACUGAGACAAUGUUUAAAUGGCUUUUCCUGUCUGGAGAGAGAAUAGGGAACCUGAAGGAUGGCAUCCAUCCUUUGAAAAUAUAGUUAAAUCUAACACUGUAUGGUUCAGGGUGUUAUUCUCACAGAUGUUUUGAUAUUAACUCAUCUCAAAAGAUGGAAGGUGUCUUGGCCAAGAAUCAGUGUGUGUGGAGUUUCAUGGCUUCACUAUGUCCAGUGUGGAAAACUUUCCUGAGUUAAUGUGCCGUUAGGGCUGUCUCAGAUGAUUAUUAUAGUACAGUAAAAUAACAGUAGGGGUAAGGGACCUUUAUAUUCAACCAGGAGUUGCCUUCGUAUUUCUGUAUUUUUGUCUCUCCUUCUCUAGAAAGAGGUUAUUUCUAAGCAAAAUGUCAGGGUUCUACUGAACAACUUGUGCUAUCUAAAGUUUCAUUGAUUGGUGUCCAGAUCCUUCCUGCGCUACAUAGCAGUUUUAUUUCUGCCAUUAGAAAAGAAGUAAGAAAAUACUCAAUAUUUAGACAAUUUCCUAAUAGUUACACUUGAGUGAAAAUUUACUAUAGGGUGUACUGCUUUGAAAAGAAAAUAUACUUUUAAAUGUGUGUGCACAAAGCUCUGCAUGCAGAUAAAGUGUUUUAUUACAGUAUGAUGUUGGGAUGCCUAUGCAAAUGCUUGUUUACUUUCUGAUGUUUCAGUGCUAAAUGCAGUAGAGAUGGUGGUGUUACUUCUCUGUGUGGUUUUAGCCAGUGCAAUCUUAGCAAUUGUGUGUCUGCAUCAUCCUGCACAGGGGACAGUACUAGCUGUAGACAUUUUUUAGCCUUUUGCUUUUUCAGUGUUGGGUUGGUUUUUGCUGUUGUUUGUGGUUUAUUUCUCUCUUUUUAAAAAGUUAUUAUUAGGACUAUAAAGACAGCACUUUCUUAAACUUUGCCAAAGUUCGCUUCCUUUCUUCUUUUUUUCCCCUUCUUUGCCCCUUAUAGGCAUACACAUUUAAUUUUUGGAAGAAGCAAGCCUGUAUGUACUCUCCUAAUAUAUAGUCUUAUUGUCAGGUUACUCCUUUUGUUUUUAUGGCCUGGUCAUGCAUAUAUUUCUCUCCCUAUAAUUUCUCAGCAUAAGCAUAUGCUGAUAUUUUGUUCCGCCUCAGACACACUGUUCUAUAAUUAGUUAUGCACAACAAAUUGUGAAAAACCAUGUAGGGAUGUAAGAGUCCAUAGUCUCUCAUUAGGGUGUAUGAAAAGUAGUAUAACUGACAGAGCAAUAUGUAGCCAAUGUGAUGUAUUUCUGCUUUUUUCCUCUUCAAAACAGCUGCUUUAAUUAGAUUCCAGUAUUUAAUAUGAGUAUGUGGUACCUCUGACAGCUGAGAAUUGCAGCUAGAAUUUGGGGCUUACAAAAUACAUUAAGGUUAGAACUUAGUGUAACUUUAAAAAAAAUUACAGAGCACAUUCACAUGAAUAUUUUAAAACCUUUUUUUCCCCUAAGAGUGCACAGAAUAAAAUGUGUUCUGCCACUUGUUUCUGUAAUGCAGAGCCAGUAACUGGGGGUGGGAGGAGAACCCUUUAUAGACUGCAGAGCCUCUAAUCCUCAAGGAAGAGCUGCACUUGAUAGAACUUUUAAAAUAAACCAAAUGUUGCCUAUACUGAUAUUUAUGAUCAACUGUCAUACUUAAAUUACAAGGUCAUAGAUAUCUCCUGACAGUGUGAAAAUGAGCGUAAUAAAUACAGAAGUGUUAGAAUAAUGCUAUCCUUUACCAGCCUGCACUGGCAAAAGCAAAUCCUAUUGUACCUUGAAUAGUAAUUGUCUACUGCAUCCCAAAAUCUCAAUUAUCUUAGUCUUUUUGGAAUUAGUGAUACAAGAUUCAGACUAUGAUGGGUAUCUCGUUGUUAAUGAUGAAAUAAAUUUAAAAGCUAAAAUAUUUUUAAAGAAAGACCAGAUGGACUUCCACAAAGAAAAUCUGCCUUGAAAAGGUCCAUUUUAUUUGCGUGAUCUCUAUGUAUAGUCUGUUUUGCAAAUUCCUUCAUUCUUCAUGGAAGAUUGCUAUAAACUUGAUAACAAAAAUGGUCAAAACCCAAACUUGCAAAAGUAUUAGUGUUUAUGUUUGUAGUCAGUUUUAGCUAUUAUCAAACAUAAUUCCUAAAUGUAAUUUAAGCUUUUGUUCUUAAAAUUAGGGAAAUUGAAUAUUUCCAUUUGAAAUAAUGCCUGAUUCAUCACUUGAAGUUGAGUGAAAACAUUUCUUGAAAAUGGGUUCUGCUACCUGAUGGUGACUAAUUUUCAAUGCUGAUACUCAUUACUUCCUGUAAACUGUGAUGUUAUCCCUGCAGAACAAUUUUAGCCUAUGGCCUUGGUCUUUGGCCCUAUUUUUUUUUUUUUUUAUUAUUAAUUUUUACUGCAAUGUGGGAGGUGAAGAAGGCUGGCACAUUUUUUUUUUCCAGAGAAAUAUGUUUACAACUUUGUACUUUAAAAAUGUAUUGUGACACUUUUAACUUGGGAGAGAAGGUUCCGUAGUAGACUUGAAAUCUGAACUCUGGAGUAUCAGGCGUGCUCCCCAAGCUGCCAGAAGCUGUUGACUGUGAAGCUGCUCGCUCACACCACAGGAGGGAGUUCCACAUCAGUCUUUGGAGUAUUUUCGGUUAUGGCAUUGUUAGUACAUCUUGCAGUACAGUGCAUUUCAGUUUGCCUUGUCUUAUACAUUGUCACUGCAAGUAGAUUAAUGUACAAAAUCAAUACACAGCAGUAAUGUAUUGUAACUGUUUACAGUUGAACUCAAGAGUACCAAUGGAUGGGUUUUGUCAAGCUAUUUAA